UAAAGCAGAGAAGAAGGAGAGAAAGAACAAGAAGAAGAAGAUGAUGUGUUGUUGUUUCUGGCGGAAACAGAAGCAGAAGUCUCGUUAUUAUCAGUAUUGUUAUUAUUAUUAUUAUUAUUAUUUUCAGCAGUUCUAAUCUUUCAGCCAAAAGAGGAAAGACAACAAUAACCUGUUAUCUGAAAGGGAUGUACUACUAUCGCUAUGACAACGCGGAGGUCAGCUGCUGCUAUAAAUACCUCAUGUUCAGCUACAACAUCAUCUUCUGGCUGGCAGGAGUGGCCUUCAUUUCCGUUGGUUUCUGGGCGUGGAGUGAAAAGGGCGUCCUGUUGGACCUGACCCAGGUGACCCGGCUGCACGGCUUUGACCCGGUCUGGUUGGUUCUUGUGGUGGGAGGAGUCACCUUCAUCCUGGGCUUCGCCGGCUGCGUGGGCGCGCUCAGAGAAAACAUCUGUCUGCUCAAGUUUUUUUCGGGCGUGAUCGGCUUCAUCUUCAUCCUGGAGCUGGCGGUAGCGGUUCUGGCCGUGGUGUUUCAGAGUCAGGUCAGAGAAUGGAUCAACGACUUCUUCCUGGCUAACGUCAGAGGCUACCGAGACGACAUCGACCUGCAGAACCUCAUCGACUCUCUGCAGAGAAUGAACCAUUGCUGUGGUGCCCAGGAACCAGACGACUGGGACCAGAACAUUUAUUUCAGCUGUAACGGGACCCAUCGCAGCAGAGAGAAGUGUGGAGUUCCUUUCUCCUGCUGCAUCACAGACCCCGCGGAUUCUGUGGUGAACACUCAGUGUGGCUACGACGUCAGAAACAGACCCAAGAGAGAUUGGAGCAAUCACAUCUUCACUAAAGGCUGCAUCGCUGCGUUGGAGGACUGGUUGCCUGGCAACCUGUACACCGUGGCCAUCGUCUUCAUCGUCAUCUCUCUGCUACAGAUGGUGGGGAUCUACCUGGCCCGGACACUGAUCUCUGACAUUGAGAAGUCCAAAUUCACCUACUGAGACCACUAGAUGGGGCGGGGCCUAUCCAUACAGGGGCGGAGCCUCAUUCUGGAUGGGCGCGGCCUCCUCCAGAUGUUACUGGACCAAGUAUCUUCAGACGUGCCUUCUUCUUCUCUUCCUGUCGCUGCUGUCCUGAUGACCCCGUUGCCAUGGUGACUGAGACCCUCCAUGACAACGUGUUAUGCUGCCUUUACUUUGUUAACGAACUGUUUACUGCUCAGUGCCUCAAAUCAGCUUCAGUCAUCUCUCAGAUGGUCUCCACCAUCAUCGUCUUCAUCUUCAGCUUCCUCGUCUGUCGUCUUACCAACCCUCUCAGCCUCCGUGUGAUCAUGUGACCAUUAAUGAACCAAUCAUUCACUCUAACUCCCGAACCAGAAACCAGGUGAAACCAGGUGAAUUCUCCAUUAAUUCAGAUUCAUUCAGAGAGCCAGCCCAUUGGUCAGGGGAGCCAAGCCCCGCCCACACACCCUCCCGGCCAAUUAGGAGUCAGCUGGCCAGUUAGAACCGGGAAUUGUUGAAACUGGUCGUUUGAAUAUGAAGACUUUAUUGACACUGGAUUCCUGUUAACGAGCAUUGAAUGAAUAAAGGUUUUUGUUUAAAUGUGUUGUCUUAAUAAAGAUUUCAGGAUGUUUGAGGCAAU